AACACGUUCUUCGACGGCAUCAGGUCCCACGCACGGGACGGGUGCGAGGGCAAGAAUUUCUACACGCGGAGCGCGUUCGUGAGCGCCGCCGGCGCGUUCCCGGGCUUCGCGCACGGCGGCACGGAGGCGGAUGGCAAGCGCGAGAUCGCCGCCUUCUUCGCGCACGUCACGUUCGAGACCGGAUAUUUCUGCUACAUCAACCAGAUCAACGGGAGGGGCCAGGCCUCGUGCGACUCAGGCGUGAAGCAGUGGCCGUGCGCGCCGGGGAAGCAGUACUACGGGCGCGGCCCGCUGCAGAUCUCGUGGAACUUCAACUACGGCCCGGCGGGGCAGAGCAUCGGCUUCGACGCGCUGGGGGACCCGGACAGGGUGGCGCAGGACCCCGUGAUCUCGUUCAAGACGGCGCUCUGGCUCUGGAUGAGCAGCGCGCACCAGGUGGUGCCGCAGGGGUUCGGCGCCACCAUCAGGGCCCUCCACGGCGCCCUCGAGUGCAACGGCAACAGCCCCGCCACGGUGAACGCGCGCGUGGGCUACUACAAGGAGUACUGCAAGCAGUUCGGCGUCGGCCCGGGGAACAACCUCACCUGCUAGAGACGUGCCGGGGACCCUAGCUAAACCCUAAAUACUCCAGCUCGUGGUGAAGAAAUAAAAAUGGGCUCAUGAUGCUGAAAUGAAACUCGCUGCUAUAUGCAUGGGUCCACCCGAAUAACGAAGAAGACUGGCGAGA